AUGGUGACUUUCGUCGUGACCACAAGAGAGUCUCUUGAGUAUAUGGACCUCCAUUUUAUAGGUCAUAAGGGUUUAAGAAUAAGGCCAUUAGAUAAAGCCUCAGCUAAUACCUUAGUUUCUGAGUUGCUUCCAAAUGCAAGCACUGCAGACUGCACACAAAUAGCGCAAAUCUGCGGACAGGUUCCUUUAGCUGUGAAGUUAAUGUGUUCUUUGAUAUCUGAAAGUAGUGCUCAACCACGCCAGAUUAUAGAUGACCUCAUGAUGUCCUCCACAGAAGACCGUAUCAUCGAAAUGUUAAACAAUCCAGAUUACCCAACUAGUCACCGAAUACAGUUCUUGUUUGACUCUUCUUUCAAGAAACUCACAAAACAAGAAAAAGAUGCACUUGUAUCCUUAAGCAUUCUCCCUGAGAGUUUCAGUACAGAAGUAGCUGCAGCCAUUUUAAGUGACACAGGGUCUAUGGAAGCCAGGAAGAUAUUAGCAAGCCUUCGAAGAAAGUCUCUUAUUGAUUCAAGCUCUAAACCGGGAUCAUUUACAAUGCACAAGCUCUUGCAAUCAUUUGCGAGAGAAAAAGGAGAAAAAGAGAUGACAGAGACGUUUCUGAGCUCAAAACGUCGUUUGAACGCGUUUUACGUUUCCCUUCUUGAGAAGCUUAAUGAACAGUUUCUUACCGGGAACUCAAUGGCAGCAUAUAUUGAAUUCUAUGAAAAUAAGAAGAACAUCAUUGAAAGUGUAGUAGAGAGCUGUUUUGAUUCGGAGAGAGCUGACAGCGUUUAUAAUGUACUGGUGAAAGGAGAGAUGUUUCUUGCCUCGCUUUUUUCGAAUGAAGCGAAAAACUAUAUUCACAUAUAUGACACAGCCAUAAAGGCAGCCAGUCUGCAAAAGAAAGACGAAUACUACAGACAAUUACUUUCCUCCAGAGCUUUCGGUGAGGUGACCUGGGGACGAGAAGGAAAAACGAGACAUCUUCUCUCAAAAGUGAAUGAGCUUCAAGCCGCAGCUUCCCUUCCUUCUAACCUGGAAAAAGGAAAAUAUUUGUGCUAUAUGGGGAUCUAUCACUUUAUUACAGAAGAAGUUCUUAAAAGAGGCGCUAUUAUCACUUGAAAAUUGUAACGGCGCGGAAAGACGCAUUCUGGAGAUGGUUAUUUUUCAGAUACUUGCUGUUUAUUUUCAGUCCCUUAACGACCUAUCCAGUGCAAGAGCUUUCUAUGACAAAGCAAUCCGCCAAUGUAGUGUAAUGAGGGAUUUGGAACUGCUUAUUAUACCGUCAAUGAAAAACGAAAACAAGGAAUCUAUCAAUGAAGUAAAACUUCAACAACACUCGGACAUCUUGCUUGGUCAACCACUGAAAUGUCAAAUUAUCUUUCUAUUAAGCAAAGCAACAAAGACUUUUGCCGAUGCUGACACCAAGCAAUGUUUAAGCAAUUCGCUUUUCCAAAUCAUAGAGAAUAUCGAAAGAGAGGCUCAAAUUAGUCUCGGAUUGCUCACUUUUCAGGGCGUUGCGACAAAAUUAUUGUGGUUUUCAAGUAGUGAAGACCCUCAAACACUCUACGCGUACAGAAUAAAGUACUAUCAAGCAGCCCUGACGCAAUACAAAGAAAGUUCCCCAAACAAAGACAAUUUAAACGAUGUUAAACAUUUACAAAAUGAAGCACAUUCAAGAGACUUGUUAGACCUAGGUAGAGUUUUUAUAAAAAGAAAAAGCUAUCCAGAAGCACUUCAGGCAAACCAGCAAGCUCUCGAGAUAUCGCAAAGACUUUUAGGAGAGGAACAUGAAAGCACUGCCGACAGCUACUUCAGCGUCGCUGUAACGCAAUACGAAAUGCAUGACUACAACUCAGCUCUCCAAUCUCAUCAGCGUGCAUUGGCUAUCCGUAUUAAAGUGUUUGGAGAAGAACAUGAAAGAACUGCUGACAGCUACGGGCAACUCGGUCUAACACAACACGCAAUGCAUGACUACACCUCAGCUCUUCAAUCUCAUCAGCGUGCAUUGGCUAUCCGUAUUAAAGUGUUUGGAGAAGAACAUGAAAGAACUGCUGACAGCUACAUCAGCGUCGGUGCAACGCAAUACCAUAUACAUGACUACAACUCAGCUCUCCAAUCUCGUCAGCGUGCAUUGGCUAUGCGUAUUAAAGUGUUUGGAGAAGAACAUGAAAAAACUGCUGACAGCUACAGGCAACUCGGUGUAACGCAAUACCAAAUGCAUGACUACACCUCAGCUCUCCAAUCUCAUCAGCGUGCAUUGGCUAUCCAUAUUAAAGUGUUUGGAGAAGAACAUGAAAGAACUGCUGACAGCUACAGGGACCUCGGUGCAACGCAAUACCAAAUGCAUGACUACACCUCAGCUCUCCAAUCUCAUCAGCGUGCAUUGGCUAUCCGUAUUAAAGUGUUUGAAGAAGAACAUGAAAGAACUGCUGACAGCUACAGGCAACUCGGUGUAACACAACGCGAAAUGCAUGACUACACCUCAGCUCUCCAAUCUGAUCAGCGUGCAUUGGCUAUCUGUAUUAAAGUGUUUGGAGAAGAACAUGAAAGCACUGCUGACAGCUACUUCAGCGUCGGUGUAACACAAUACGUAAUGCAUGACUACACCUCAGCUCUCCAAUCUCAUCAGCGUGCAUUGGCUAUCCGUAUUAAAGUGUUUGGAGAAGAACAUGAAAGAACUGCUGACAGCUACAUCAGCGUCGGUGUAACGCAAUACCAUAUACAUGACUACAACUCAGCUCUCCAAUCUCAUCAGCGUGCAUUGGCUAUCCGUAUUAAAGUGUUUGGAGAAGAACAUGAAAGCACUGCUGACAGCUACAGGGAACUCGGUGUAACGCAAUACCAAAUGCAUGACUACACCUCAGCUCUCCAAUCUCAUCAGCGUGCAUUGGCUAUCCGUAUUAAAGUGUUUGGAGAAGAACAUGAAAGAACUGCUGACAGCUACAGGCAACUCGGUGUAACACAACACAUAAUGCAUGACUACACCUCAGCUCUCCAAUCUGAUCAGCGUGCAUUGGCUAUCUGUAUUAAAGUGUUUGGAGAAGAACAUGAAAAAACUGCUGACAGCUACAGGCAACUCGGUGUAGCACAAUGCGAAAUGCAUGACUACACCUCAGCUCUCCAAUCUCAUCAGCGUGCAUUGGCUAUGCGUAUUAAAGUGUUUGGAGAAGAACAUGAAAAAACUGCUGACAGCUACAGGGACCUCGGUGUAACGCAAUACCAAAUGCAUGACUACACCUCAGCUCUCCAAUCUCAUCAGCGUGCAUUGGCUAUCCGUAUUAAAGUGUUUGAAGAAGAACAUGAAAGAACUACUGACAGCUACAGGGACCUCGGUGUAACGCAAUACCAAAUGCAUGACUACACCUCAGCUCUCCAAUCUCAUGAGCGUGCAUUGGCUAUCUGUAUUAAAGUGUUUGGAGAAGAACAUGAAAGCACUGCUGACAGCUACUUCAGCGUCGGUGUAACACAAUACGCAAUGCAUGACUACAACUCAGCUCUCCAAUCUCAUCAGCGUGCAUUGGCUAUCCGUAUUAAAGUGUUUGGAGAAGAACAUGAAAGAACUGCUGACAGCUACGGGCAACUUCGUUUAACACAAAACAACAUGCAGAAAACCUGUGUCUUGUCUUAA